UGAGUCUGGGACACAUGGCUGCUAUGAACCCAUUCCUUCUGGGCCAGAAUGGGGCGUUGCUGAAUCACCUGCUUGGUCAGUCUGGAAUGAAUGCAGCCAUGCAUCAGGGCUGGGCUGGGGGCCUAUCGGGAAAGACAGUGUCACAGCUGUGGAUGAAUGAUGAGACAAAGCUUCACCCUCUUACCACUGUGCAGGAAGAGGAGGAGGUUGAUGAUGAAGACAUGGGUGUGGCCGAGACAUACGCUGACUACAUGCCAACUAAAUUGAAACUGGGUAAGAAGCAUCCUGACCCAGUGGUGGAGACUGCCUCGCUGUCAAGUGUUGCUCCGACAGAUGUGUGGUACAAGUUGACAUUGCCUGAGGACACGAUCACGACAGGAGCGCUGUCAGCCCUGCAGCUGGAGGCAGUCACGUAUGCUGCACAGCAGCAUGAGCAUUUCCUACCUGAUGGUAGUCGUGCUGGCUUCCUCAUUGGUGAUGGCGCUGGUGUUGGCAAAGGGCGGACUAUUGCUGGAGUGAUAUUUGAGAAUUACCUGAAGGGGCGCAAAAGAGCAAUCUGGGUGUCUGUUUCAAAUGAUCUCAAGUAUGAUGCUGAGAGGGACCUGCGUGACAUCGGAGCAUCGAAGAUAGAGGUUCACGCUCUUAACAAGUUCAAGUAUGCCAAGAUCUCUUCAGCUAUCAAUGGAAAUGUGAAAAAAGGUGUAAUAUUCUCAACCUACUCUGCACUGAUUGGGGAGUCAACCCAGUCGGGUGGGAAGUACAAGACACGACUGAAGCAGCUGCUGCAGUGGUGUGGGGAAGAUUUUGAUGGACCAGUUGUGUUUGAUGAGUGUCAUAGAGCCAAGAAUCUGUGUCCUGUGGGCUCUUCAAAGCCCACAAAGACAGGUCUGACAGUGCUGGAGCUUCAAAAUAAGCUCCCAAAGGCUAGGGUAGUUUAUGCAUCUGCUACUGGUGCUUCAGAGCCUCGCAAUAUGGCGUACAUGACACGCCUGGGCAUCUGGGGUGAAGGUACGCCCUUCUCCGAGUUCACAGAUUUCAUCUCUGCCGUAGAGAAGAGAGGUGUGGGUGCCAUGGAAAUUGUUGCAAUGGACAUGAAGCUUCGGGGGAUGUACAUCGCAAGGCAGUUGAGUUUCCAUGGUGUUGGCUUCAAAAUAGAAGAGGUGGCAUUAUCAAAAGAAUUUGUUAAAGUUUAUGAUGAAUCUGUCAAGUUGUGGGUGGAAGCCAUGCAGAAGUUCCAGGAAGCUGCUGAGCUUGUGGAUGCUGAGAACCGCAUGAAAAAGACAAUGUGGGGGCAGUUCUGGUCCUCACAUCAGCGUUUCUUCAAAUAUCUGUGUAUAGCCGCAAAAGUGAACCACGCUGUUGUCACUGCAAGGGAGGCUGUGAAGUGUGGGAAAUGUGUUGUGAUCGGUUUGCAGUCAACAGGUGAGGCCCGAACUCUGGAACAGUUAGAACGAGAUGACGGGGAGCUCUCUGACUUUGUGUCAACUGCAAAAGGUGUCCUGCAGACGCUAGUGGAAAAACAUUUCCCUGCUCCAGAUCGCAACAGAAUUCACCGGCUCCUUGGUUUGGAUCCUCCUCGUAAGUCUGAUCAUGGAAAGGUCAACAAUGGUGAUGCUGAUCCUGAGGCAGGUGGUUCGAGUGGCAAACGGAAACCAGUUCGACAGGCAGCUCAGCGAGCAUGGAAGCGAGUCAAGAUGUCCUCUUCAGAGGAAUCAGACUCAGAGUCAGAGAAGGAUGGUAGCACUUCUGGGUCAGAGUUCAAGCUGACUGGCACGGAUUCUGCAGAGAGUGACAGUCCAUCAGAAGACAGUAAUGCUAGCUCCGACUUCAACCCCUUCGACACCGACAGUGACUCUGAUGCAGAUCCAUGGGACAGACGCAAGAAAAAGGGAAAGAAGCACAAGUUGUCAAAGAAGGGACAGUCCACGCAGGAUAAGAUCAGCUCGCUUCUGGUUCGUAAGGCUUCUCACAAAGGCAAGCGUAAUGCUAAUGGAAACCACGGCAGUGGUGAGAAGGCCCCUCCCCCCCCUCCUCGUGACGCUAUCGAACGGGCAUGCAACAUGAAGGAGGAGCUCCUUCAGCGGAUUGAGGAGCUGGGGGACAAGCUGCCGCCUAACACACUAGAUCAGCUCAUUGACGAGCUUGGUGGACCUGAGAAUGUGGCAGAGAUGACUGGAAGGAAGGGCAGAGUUGUCCAGACUGAGGAUGGUGUCCAGUACGAAUCCCGUUCAGAAGUGGAUGUUCCCCUGGAGACAUUAAAUUUGACAGAGAAACAGAGAUUCAUGGAUGGUGAGAAGGAUGUGGCAAUCAUCUCUGAGGCUGCUUCAAGCGGAAUCUCUCUGCAGAGUGAUCGGCGUGCCCGCAACCAGAGACGCAGGGUCCACAUCACGCUAGAGUUGCCGUGGAGUGCUGAUCGAGCAAUCCAGCAGUUUGGGCGAACUCACCGAAGUAACCAAGUUAAUGCCCCCGAGUACAUUUUCCUGAUCUCCGACCUCGCAGGCGAGCGGCGAUUUGCAUCUAUUGUUGCGAAAAGGCUAGAAAGUUUGGGGGCGCUAACACAUGGAGACCGGCGUGCAACAGAGACGAGGGAUCUGUCAAGGUUUAACAUUGACAACAAAUAUGGCCGAGCUGCCCUUGAGGCCACAAUGAAAACGAUCAUGGGUUAUGAGGCUCCCUUAGUUCCACCUCCACAGGACUACAAAGGCGACUUCUUCAAAGAUGUGGCAGAUGCACUCGUGGGCGUGGGACUAAUAUGCAACAGUGAGAACAUGCCAGGUGUGCUGAUGCUGGACAAGGACUACAAUAACAUGAGCAAGUUCCUCAACAGGAUCCUGGGCAUGCCAGUAGACCUGCAGAAUCGGCUCUUCAAAUACUUCACAGACACACUCAAUGCGAUAAUCACACAAGCCAAGAAGUCUGGCCGCUUCGACAUGGGUAUUCUUGACCUGGGCACUGCAGGUGAGAAUGUAAAGCGCGUGAAGCUUUACACGUUCCUGAGGAAACAUGCAACAGGUGUAGCCACCACGGAGUUGCACAUUGUUCAUGUGGAGAGAGGCAUGAGCUGGGAGGAGGUGAUGGAUCGCUAUAGUGAGCUGACGGGCUCCAGGGAAGGCUUCUACCUGUCCCACCAGAUACGAAAUGGAAAGCAGACUGCAAUCCUUGCGGUAGCUGUAGAAGGUGCAAAAGGAAAAAAGGAUACAGAAAAGAACAAAAAGGAUCAGUUCUACACCAUCUACAGGCCAAACACAGGACUACAGUUGAGACAAGAGACGUUAGGUGAACUGGAGAAGAAGUACAAGAAGGUAUCGGCAGAUGAAGCGGAGUCUCACUGGAGCCAGCAGUACAAUUCCUCUGUGAGCACGUGUUCCCAUGCCUACUGGCGUGGCAACUGUAAGAAUGUAACGUUGGGCCUGGACUGUGAAGUAGGACUACGUCGGCGAACGUAUAAUGUGUUGGCGGGUUCUGUACUGAGUGUCUGGGCACGCGUAGAAAAUGUAUUAGCUGCAAAGACGGGGCACAACUCAAAAAUGCAGGUGGUUCGGCUUCGUACUGGAGAGGGUGUGAAGAUCGUCGGGACAUUGAUCCCUAAGAGUUGUGUGGAGCCCUUGAGGGAUGCACUCUCAGCUGAUGCAGAAAAAACAGAUGAACAAACAUUCUGAAGAAACGAAGAUCCCUUAGGUGACAUGGACCAAGCUGGUGGAGUGAAGGCAAGCAGCUCAGCAGGCAGCAGCAUACCCUUCUCUGUUGUGUUCCUUUCUUAUCUGCCUUGUGAACCCUUGCAGUGCUUUCUCUUCUACACACAUGCUUACCAACACAUACAUUUGCGAGUGACAUAUUGUGAGAUGGAAC